GCUUCCCUCAGCCGCGGAGCAGCCAGCGCCGAGGCGGCUUCCAUGGGGCCGGCGGCGGGCCGAGGCAGGCGGAGCUGAAAGGGGGCGGAGGAGGGCGGGCGAUGCGGAGCCGGGGGCAGCGCGCCGCCCUUCUCUGCCGGAGGCUCGUGGCGGAGGGGACGAGGCGCGUGCACCGGCGCGCCCCGCGUUGCAGCAGCCAAAGCAUUAGCAGCAGAAGCCGCGCGAUGACGGAGGAGGCGAAGAAGCGGGCCGCCUGGGCUGCGGUGAACAACCACGUGCAGAAUAAUCAAGUCCUUGGAAUCGGAAGUGGGUCUACAAUUGUUCACGCUGUGCAGAAAUUGGCUGAGAGAGUGAAACAAGAGGAUCUCAACAUAGUCUGUAUACCUUCGUCUUUCCAGGCACGUCAGUUGAUUCUGCAGAACGGCUUAACCUUAAGUGACUUGGAUCGACACCCUGAGUUGAAUGUUGCCAUUGAUGGCGCCGAUGAAGUCGACUUGGACCUCAAUCUUAUCAAAGGAGGAGGGGGCUGCCUGACUCAGGAGAAGAUAGUCGCUGGCUAUGCGAAAAGCUUCAUUGUCAUUGCUGAUUAUAGGAAAAAGUCUGAAAGCCUCGGAGAGCAGUGGAAGAAAGGUAUUCCUAUUGAAGUUAUCCCAAUGGCCUAUGUGCCAAUUUCCAGAGCUCUGGCCAAGAGGUUUGGGGGUGUUGCUGAGCUGAGGAUGGCUGUGAAUAAGGCGGGCCCUGUCGUCACUGACAAUGGGAACUUCUUAUUGGACUGGAAAUUUGAUAAAGUCCAUAACUGGCGUGAAGCGAAUGUGGCAAUCAAGAUGAUACCAGGAGUGGUGGAGACAGGCCUGUUUAUCGACAUGGCGGAGCGGGUUUACUUUGGCAUGGAAGAUGGUUCUGUCAGCAUCCGAGAGAAGCCAGUCCACUGACCACCAUCCAGCCCCCAAAUCUACUCUGCCUUCAGCCCAUUGCAUACAGUUUUAUCACUUUGGUGCCAAUUUGACAUCUUGCCUUAAAGCCUGUUUGUCCCGAUCUUGGUGAAUGUAACCAAAGGUCCAGCAGUUCUCACUAAUACUGGAAAUGAAUGUUGUUUUAAAUUAUAUUUUUUACUAUUUCUUCAUGUAAAUCAUUUUUUUAAAAAAAGCAAAAUGUGAUCAAUCAUUUUGAGCAUUUUAAACUUUUUUUUCACUUUGGUUUUUAUACAAAACAUUGUACCAAAAAGGAUAUUUUAUACAGUACUUGAACCAUCUGGUUGCUUGGAGUGUGUCUAGUGGGGGGAGAAAAUAGAAGUUGCAUUUUGUGGUAUUUGCAAUAACACCCCCCCAAAAUGCAUUGACGCAGAAGGGUUUGUGCCCAGUUGGUACUCACAGAUGCCUUAUUAGAAUCUUUUUUGGUUCUAUAAUUUAUGCCUUUCAAUGAUUUUUACCAUAACUGUUUUUAACAGGGAAUGUUUAGUCUCAGUAUAGAUAAUUUGCUGAUAAUUUGUGCUGUUGGCCUCCAUGGAAUUUGUAUGGCAUGGGAUUAGCCACAACACCCAUUCCACGCAAGGAAUUCAUACCUUUAAAAUAAUAUAUGAAAUAAUAAAAUAAUAUACUUUGGAAAUGUUUCAGGCCCCCCCCAACUUCCCCAAUGAUGGAUGGCUGAAAUUCGAGGCUGCCUAGCCAUCUGUACAGGUGAAGAUGCACUGGGUUAAUGCCCAGUUUAACAAUUUUGGGCCCAGUUGGAGUUUCAAAGAGUUCCUGGUCCUUCCUUUGCAUGACGAAAUUUUCACAGAAUGCUGCCUCGAAACACGUCCAAAGAACGAGCCUUACUGGGAGGAUUGUAUUAAUGUAGCAAGAGCAAGGCACUUUUUUAAAAACAAAAAACCUGUUGUCUCUCAUCUCUUAAGUGCUUUGCAUGAUAACCGUGUCAGAAAUGUACGACUCGUCGUUUUUGUUUUAGGCACCGAAAUUAAAGAGCUGUAACGCCA